AUGGCGUCCGCUCAGGUCAUCUCAAACUCUGGCCACGAUGAUAUGAUUCAUGACGCCGUCCUCGACUACUAUGGUCGCCGGCUCGCGACUUGCUCGAGCGACCGAACGAUCAAGAUAUUCGAGAUAGAGGGUGAUUCUCAACGACUUAUAGAAACCCUCAAGGGACACGAUGGCGCGGUUUGGUGUGUUUCCUGGGCUCACCCCAAGUACGGAAACAUUAUCGCUUCGGCGGGUUACGACGGCAAGGUCUUCAUAUGGAGAGAGCAGAACAACCAGUGGCAAAAGAUCUUCGACUUCGCUCUGCACAAGGCUUCCGUCAACAUUGUCUCCUGGUCACCACAUGAAUCCGGAUGUCUUCUUGCCUGUGCCUCGUCCGACGGCAAUGUCAGUGUGCUCGAGUUCCGAGACAACAGCUUCGACCACGUUACCUUCCCUGCUCAUGGAUUGGGCGUCAACUCCGUGUCGUGGGCCCCUGCAACUGCACCGGGUAGUAUCGUGAGCAGUUCUCCAGGCCCCGGCUCUGCUGGCGUCAGACGUUUUGUCACUGGCGGCUGUGACAACCUGCUCAAAAUCUGGACCUUCGAUUCUGCGUCGCAGUCUUACAAGCCAGAUCAGGAGCCCCUUGUUGGCCACUCCGAUUGGGUGCGUGAUGUUGCAUGGUCACCCACUGUUUUACAAAAGUCCUAUAUCGCCUCAGCUUCUCAGGAUAAGACUGUCCGCAUCUGGACCUCUGAUUCAACCGGCGCAAGCCAAUGGAGCUGUAAAAUCCUCAACUUUGAUGCUCCCGUCUGGCGUGUGAGCUGGUCGCUGAGCGGCAACGUUCUGGCCGUAAGCGGAGGCGACAACAAGGUUUCCUUGUGGAAGGAGAAUCUCAGAGGCGAAUGGGAGUGUGUCAAGAGCAUCGAGGAGUGA